GGGCGCGGCCGGGCGCCAUGGGGAGGAAGAGGCCGCGGGCCGGGGCCGGGGCGCCCCCUGCUCAGGGCCAGCUGACGUUUGAGGAGGUGGCCAUCUGGUUUUCCCAGGAGGAGUGGGAGAUGCUGGCAGACUGGCAGAAGGAGCUGUACCGGGCUGUGAUGCUGGAGAACUAUGAGAAUCUAUUUCUUCUAGCAGGCCAUGCAGAUGCCAAACCUGAGAUCAUAACCAAACUUGAACGAGGGGAAGAGCUGUGUGUCAGGGACCAGCAGGCCCUGGAGGGGAGAGAAAUUCUUCCAAAUGCUUCCAGAGGGAAUUGGUCCCGGAAGAAAACUAAAAGGGACUCGGACCUGCAAGAAUGUCGUGGAAACCCAGAAGCUCAAGGGACCUCAUCAAAAAUGUUCAAAGAGAAAGUUUUGUGCAAACAAACCAGAAGAUCCAGCAAACUCUCCAGCGACCCUGAUCUCCAGAGCUGCAGCACGGAAGAGAAGCUGCUGAAAUGUACCGAGUGUGGGAAAAGCUUCACCAGGAGGCAGAAUCUGAGCACGCACAAGAGAAUCCACACUGGAGAGAGACCUUACGAGUGCAGCGAAUGUGGGAAGAGGUUCAGCCGCAUGCAGCACCUCGUGUCGCACCAGCGAAUCCACACGGGAGAGCGACCCUACCAGUGCACCGAUUGUGGGAAGCGCUUCAGCCAGAAGUCCAACCUCCUCACGCACCAGAUCAUCCACUCGGGGGAGAGGCCCUUUAAAUGCAUGGAGUGUGGGAAAAGGUUCAGCCAGAGAGUCUACCUGACCCAGCACCAGAAAACCCACACGGGAGAGAAGCCGCAUAAAUGCCUGGAGUGCGGGAAGAGUUUCAUCCAGAGGAAGGUGCUCCUGACGCACCAGAAAAGUCACGCCGGGGAGGGAGGGCCCUACCUAUGUGCCGACUGUGGGAAAUGCUUCACCACACGGCCAGGGCUGAGGUAUCACCAGAGAAUCCACACUGGGGAGCGCCCAUACCCCUGCACCCUGUGCGGGAAAGGUUUCGCCACCAAUUCCCGCCUGAAAUAUCAUCAGCGGAUCCAUUCAGGAGAGAGGCCUUACCAGUGCAGCGACUGCGACAAGUGCUUCCGGCACAAGUCGGCUCUGGCCUCCCACCAGGGCAUCCACACCGGUGAGAGGCCUUACAAAUGUACCGAGUGCGGGAGCAGCUUCCGCCGCCGGAACGGGCUUGUCAAGCACCAGAGGAUCCACACGGGGGAACGCCCCUACCCGUGCACGGAGUGUGGGAAGAGCUUCAGCGCGAGGAGCACGCUCACGGAUCACCAGAGGACCCACACUGGGGAGAGACCCUACAACUGCAGCCACUGUGGGAAAAGCUUCAACCGGGUCUCGCAACGUCGCAAACACCAGAGAGUCCACACGAAAAAGCGACCGGAAUGUGCCGAGUGCGGGAAAAGCUUCAUCAGCAAGUCCCGGCUCACGGUUCACCGGCGCACGCACACCGGCGAGCAGCCCUACGCCUGCGCCGAGUGCCAGCGACGCUUCAGCCACCACUCCCAUCUCAUCGUGCACCAGCGCACGCACACGGGCGAGAAGCCCUAUACCUGCACCCAGUGCAGGAAGAGCUUCAUCAAGCGAUGCAACCUCCAGGUGCACCAGCGCACGCACACCAGGGAGAAACCAUACUGCUGCAUCGAGUGUGACAGGACCUUCAUCCAGCACUCCAACCUGGUGCUGCACCUGCGCACCCACUCCGGCGAGCGCCCCUACCACUGUGCCCAGUGCCAGAAGGGAUUCAUCUGCCACACCCAGCUCAUGGUGCACCAGCGCAUCCAUACUGGGGAGCGCCCCUACCGCUGCCUCAAGUGCGGCAAGGGCUUCCACCAAAAAGCCUAUAUCUUCAUAUCACAUCAGAGAACCCACACAGCCGAGAAACCCUAUUCCUGCUCUGAGUGCGGAAAAAAGUUUGCCCAGCAAUCCAACCUGAACAACCACUUCCGGCUCCACACAGGUGAGAGGCUUUAUGUGUGUUCACAGUGCGGGAAGAGCUUCAUCCACCAGUCCAGGCUCACCUACCACUAUAGAGUCCACACGGGAGAGCGGCCCUACAUGUGCACAGAGUGCGGGAAGGGCUUCACCGAGCAAUCCAAAUUAACAAACCACUAUCGAAUCCAUACAGGCGAGAGGCCACACACCUGUGCCGAGUGUGGGAAGAGCUUCAGUCUGAAGAUAAGCCUUAUAAUUCACCAGAGAAACCACGCCAAGGAAAGGCCUUAUGAAUGCACUGAAUGCGGCUUAAACUUCAAUUGUCACUCAGGGCUCAUCAGGCACCAGAUGAUUCACACGGGGGAGCGACCCUAUAAAUGCACAGACUGUGGGAAAGGCUUCAUGCGGAAGGAGCAUCUUCUGAACCACCAGCGACUGCACACGGGAGAGAGACCCUACCAAUGUACGGUAUGCGGGAAAAGCUUCAUUCGGAAGCAUCAUCUUCUGAAACAUCAGCGGAUCCACACUGGGGAGCGGCCCUACCAGUGCGCUGAGUGUGGCAAAAGCUUUAGGUAUAAACAGUCGCUCAAAGAUCACCUGAGAAUUCAUAGUGCAGAGCAGGGGCAGCCGGAAAUUUCUCAGGGCCUUUUGCAGGAAAUAGAAACUGGGCUCCUUGAUGUUAAAAUAGAAAAUACAUGGUACAGACAUUUUGUCACUCUGAUGCGGCCCCGGAUUCAAAUCCUGCGGGAACUGCGGGCUGAUGCUGUGUGCGCGGCCCCUCCCCGCCGCUCCCCGGGCCCCGGCUGCGCUCGCUCUGCUCCGCCCGGCAGCGCGGGCCGGCCCGUGGCGAGCGAGGCGGCGCCGGGAUCUGCCCAGCCCGGAGCGGAGCGAGCUCGGCCGGGCCGGGCCCGCUGGAGAAGCCGCCGCCCGCCCCGGGGGCCAUGGCCGAGGCGGGCCGCUGCCCAGGCUCCAGAAUGGGACACAGAGUCAUGGUGGCCAAUGCCUUUGCAGCCACCUGCUGUCCCUGAAGAAACUUCCCUGAGAGAAACCCAGCUGCAAAGAGCAGAGAUUUCUUUGACUGUGGUAGCUGAAGUUCAAGCCGUAGAGAGGAAGAUGGAUUCUCAGGCUGCACAGUUGCUGAAUCUGGACGGGAGAAUGGGGACGGCUGAGAAGAAACUAGUUGGCUGUGAGAAAACAAUGGUGGAGUUUGCGAACCAGCUGGAGAGUAAGUGGGCUGUGCUGGGAACUCUGAUCCAAGAGUACGGGCUGCUGCAGAGGAGGCUGGAGAACAUGGACAACCUGCUGAAGAACAGGAACUUCUGGAUCUUGAGACUCCCCUCAGGCACUAAGGGAGAAGUCCCCAAGGGAUGGGAGAGUGCAGCCAAAUGGCAGAAGGAGCUUUGUGAGAACGUGAUGAAGGGGAACUUUGAGACUCUGAUCUCCAUGGACUCUGCGAUUUCCAAACCCAGCAUCCUGUCCCAGAUUGAAGGAGAAGAGGAGCCAUGUACUGGGGAUGAGCCGGAGGAGCCAGAAAUCCCCAUGGAGCCCAGCAUGGACUCUCCGGUUCCUACACAUGAGACUUCAUCCUGGAUUAAACAGGAGGAGGAGCUGUGUAUCAAGGAUCAGCAGUUCUCAGAGGAGAGAGAGAUCCCUGCAGAUCUUAGAAUGGCAGAUGUUGAGCUCAUGAUCAAAACAGAGGAGCAACAUCCUGAAGAAGGCCCUAGCAACCUAGAGCUACCUGGGCGGUUGCCAGGCCCAGCAGAGGAGAGAGCUUUCCAAGGUGCUGAACAGGAAGCAGCUGCUGGGAGUUCUGGCACUUCAAUCAGCUCUUCAGGUAACAACCUGGGGGAACUUACUCAGCAUGAAAGAGAACUGAGAACUGUUGCUGCCCAUCCCAGGGGCAAUGCAGGAAUAGCCCCUUAUGCGUGUGCCCAGUGUGGGAGGAACUUCACUCGAAAGGACAUUCUCCUGUCGCACGAGAGACUCCACACUGGUGAGAGGCCAUACAUGUGUGCUGACUGUGGGAAGAGCUUUAGGCUCAAGAUCAGCUUUGUGAAGCACCAGAGAUGCCACACCAAGGAGCGGCCCUAUCCAUGUAAUGAAUGCCAGAAGAGCUUCAAGUGCCACUCGGCGCUCGUGCGGCACCAGAUGAUCCACAGGGGAGAGCGGCCGUAUAAAUGCGACCAGUGCAACAAAAGCUACAGCCGCAAGGAGCACCUCCAGAACCACCAGAGGCUGCACACCGGGGAGCGGCCCUUCCACUGUGCAACCUGCGGGAAGAGCUUCAGUCAAAAGUUCGUGCUUGUCUCACAUCAGCGGAUCCACACAGGGGAGUGGCCCUAUAAAUGCACGGAGUGUGGGAAAGGCUUCAGUGAGAAAUCCAAGCUGACCAGCCACUACAGGAUCCACACCGGUGAAAAGCCCUACAGCUGCGCCCAGUGUGGGAAGAGCUUCCGCCUUAAGGUGAGCUUCUUAAGGCACCAGACGAGCCAUGGCAGUGAGAAGCCCUACCUAUGCACUCAGUGCGGCAAGAACUAUAGCUACCACUCAGGCCUCCUCCGGCACCAGCUGAUCCACGCGGGGCAACGGCCGCAUCAGUGCAACAAGUGCGGCAAAAGCUAUGUCGAGAAAUACCGCCUGCGGAAUCACCAGCGUGUCCACCUGGAUGAAGGACUGCAGCGGUGCAUCCCAUGCGGGAAGAGCGCCUCGGAGAAGCAGGACCUCCUGAGCCACCAGCAGAGCCAUGCCGAUGGAUGCCAUCAGCGUGCCAUGUGCGAACAAAGCGUCUGGCUCAUGGAGAGCAGCUUAAAGCACCAAAGAAACCACAGCAAAGAGAAGCCCUACGAAUGCAGUGACUGCGGGAAGAGCUUCAAGUGCCAGUCGGAACUCACCCGCCACCAGAGGGUCCACACGGGGGAGAGGCCUUACGAAUGCACCAAGUGCAACAAAAGCUACAGCCAGAAGUACCAUCUCCUCCAGCACCUCCGCAUUCACACGGGGGAGCGACCCCACCAAUGCAGUGACUGUGGGAAGAGCUUCAUCCGAAAGGAACAUCUCCUGAAACACCAGCGGAUCCACACUGGAGGGAGGCCUCACCAGUGCAGCGAAUAUGGGAGAAGCUUUCAAUAUAAGCAGUUGCUGAAAGACCAUCAGAGGGCGCAUAGAGCGGAGCCAGAUCACCUGGAGGCUUCUCCAAGGACUGAAGCCUGGGUUCCUUCAGCAAAGCUGGCCUUUGGGGUGACUCCCUGUCCCGUGCAGCAGCUGGCUACAGAUCAUCGGCUGGCCCAUGCAGCUGCAGGCGCAGCGGCUGCAGGGGUAGGGCCGCUCGCCCGUGUGGAAGCCGUAAUGCUUGACGAAGUCACACUUGAAGAUGAAGUGUUUCUCGCAGAGGGCGCACUGGUAGGGGCCAUUCUCCAGGUGCACCCGCCGGUGGAUGCUGAGGCCCGGCGCGGCUUUGGCGGGUCAUUCUGCCAGACUGGCUCCCUGGGGCGCUCGGCGUGCCUCCGGGGCCGCUCCUUAGCAUGGAUCUCCUGGUGCUUGUUGAGGGUGGAGCGCCGGCUGAAGCUUUUGGGGCAGAGGCUGCACCGGAAGGGCUUCUCGCCCGUGUGCGUGCGCAGGUGCUCGUUGAGGUGUGAGCGCCGCCGGAAGCCCUUGCUACAGCGGUUGCAGCGUGAGGACAUCAGGAGCUCUGCCAUCGACAUCGCCAAGAGCAGUCUGGGGGGCCGUGUGCAGCUGACCACCCAAAGCAGACCAAUUAAAAAUUUCAGCUUCCUGCUUCUGCCUCUUGAAAUGGCUGCCCUGGUGGGGACUGUCCCGGUGACAUUUGGUGAUGUCUCAGUGCACUUCUCCUGGGGGGAGCGGGAGAUGCUGGCAGAGCGGCGGAAGGAGCUGUACCGGGAGGUGAUGAAGGACAACUAUGGAAUUCUGGUCUCUCUGGCGCUGCUCCGGAAGCAACGCCUGAGACACGGCGCUACAGUAGCAAGCGCUCGCCAGGCCUCGGGCUGCAGGGGGACAUUUUCCGGCAGUUGCAGCUGCAAGGAUCCGCUCGACAUGCAGGGAGGAGAAGCUGAAGAGAAAAUGCCAGCCGGGGCCACUCUGCAGGUCCCGGUGACAUUUGAGGACGUUGCCAUCUAUUUCUCCCGGGAGGAGUGGGAGAUGCUGGCAGAGUGGCAGAAGGAGCUGUACCGGGACGUGAUGAAGGAACAUUAUGACAAUCUGAGUUCCCUGGGCCAUGCAGACACCAAGCCUGAUGUUUUAUCCCGGCUCGAACAAGGGGAAGAGCCGUGGGUCAUGGAUCAGCAGGAGGAAAGAGAGAGGCUGGAAGGCACCUCGCUUGAGGGUGCAUGCCUGAGCCGAACUGAGGAGCAGCAGCAGGAGGAAGGGCCUGAGACCUUGGAGCCACAGAGGACUUUACCGAGUGGGUCGGAAGAGAGAGUUUUCCAGAGUCCUGAGCAGGAAGAAACUUGCCGGAGGCAGCGCAGGUCGCUGAGGCUGCAGGGGAUCUCGGCGAGGAAUGAGCCAGAUACCCCAAGGGACUGUGAAAGGGGUGGCCAGGAACCUCCGAGGCUCCCUGCGCAGGAGAUACCAGAGACGAGCCAGAGCCCACCUACGUGUCACAUAUGUGAAGUCAGCUUCAAAGGAGAGAGAGACCUUAACAGACACAAGCGCAGCGUCCACGAGAUAAAGGAUCCACACCGGUGCCAAGUGUGUGGGAGGUGCUUCCGGCUACAGCAGGACCUCAAGAGGCACCAGAGGAUCCACACAGGGGAAAAGCCCUACCUCUGCCUUUACUGUGGGAAGAGAUUCAGCCAGACUGCCAAUCUCUGCACCCACAAGAAGAUGCACAGAGGCGAGCGACCGUACCCCUGCACCACCUGUGGCAAGAGCUUCCGGCAGAAGCAGCAGCUGGUGUCGCACAGCCGGAUCCACACGGGAGAGCGGCCCUACCCCUGCACACAGUGCGCCAAGAACUUCCGCUGGAAGCAGGCGCUCAGGGUCCACCAGAAAACCCAUGUGGGAGAGGGAGGCUCUGAGGGGAGCCAGGCCAAAGGGCGGGUCUUCACCUGCCCCAAGUGCAAGGCCGUCUUCACUCACAGGCACGACCUCCAAGCGCACCGGCGAGAGCACGCCACCAGUGAGCGGCCCUACCAGUGUGCCGACUGCGGGAAGUACUUCAGACAGCGGCAGCAGCUGAUUCCGCACCGCCGGAUCCACACCGGGGAGCGACCCUACAACUGCCCUCUCUGCGGGAAGAGCUUCCGGCGCAGGCAGGAGCUGACCACACACCAGAGAAUCCACACGGACGAGAGGCCCUUCCGCUGCCCCGAGUGCCCACUCAGCUUCAGGGAGAAGCAGAAGCUGAGGAGACACCGGAGAGUCCACACAGGCGAGAGGCCCUAUGCCUGCCCAGAGUGCGAGAAAUGCUUCCGGCAGAAGCAGCAGAUGAUGUCCCACCUCCGGAUCCAUAAGGACGAGCGGCCCUACACCUGCUCAGAGUGUGGGAAAUGCUUCCGGCGGAAAGACUCCCUCGCCAAACAUCAGAGAACCCACCAAAGGGCCCAGACAUAGGGCUCGUCUACACUACCACUUAGGUCAAUGUAACGUACAUCGCUCGGGGAUAUGAAAAGUCCCCCCCUUCCUCCCCUCCCCGAGCGAUGCAAGUUACAUCAACUUAAAGCACUGUCAACAGCCUGCUGUGUCGGCGGGAGAUGCUCUCCCGCCAACAUAGUCCCUCCUCUCGUUGAGGUGGAG